UGAGCGUCCCUCAGCCUAGAAGCUGUGAGAAUGGGGAACGCACCAGUGCCUGCCACUCCCAUCCAGAGUCCGCCUGCUCUUCGGUGCUCUCAGAACAAAGUCAUCCUGGUUCUUUGAGCCACUGAAGGAGGACGGGCUCCCUGGGACACAUCGCUGGCCUCUCCCUCCAAGGUGGACCUGACUUCCUCCAGCCUCACGUAAACCGAGAGGACCUGGUGCCCUUUCCCACCAGCCAGCCCCUGCCCCGACCUGGGCCACGCUGCCCGGCUCGUCGGGGCUGGGAGAGCGGCAGUAGGAGAGGCCGGCAGCCUGCGAUGGGAUGGCCCAGGAGGGAGAGGGCCACCACGUGUCGCAGCUCAGGGCCGUCUACAGCAGCUGCGACACCACGGGAACCGGCUUCCUGGACCGGGAGGAGCUGAUCCAACUCUGCCAGAAGCUUCAUCUGGAGAAGCAACUGCCCGUCCUCCUGCAAACACUUCUUGGAAACGACCACUUUGCCAGGGUUAACUUUGAGGAGUUUAAGGACGGUUUCGUGGCAGUGUUGUCGUCACAGGCUGGUGUCGGCUCCUUGGACGAAGACAGUGGGUCUUUGGAAUCAGCUCCCCCCUGUGCUGUCCCACCGAAGUACGUGAGCGGCUCUAAGAGGUACGGCCGUUGGAGUCGGCCCGAGCCCUGCAACCUUGCUGGUAGGGCCAAGUGUGUCCUGGAGCAGCCGGCCAGGCCCAGCGCCAGGAGCCAUUUCUGCUGCUCUGCGUCCCUGGAAAGUGUGGAGAGUCUCAAGUCUGAUGAAGAAGCCGAAAGUGCGAAGGAGCCUCAGAAUGAGGUGUUUGAAGCUCAAGGUCAGCUGCCGGCCUGGUGUUCUGAGAUCUCCGGGAGUCCCCGAAAGUCUGGCAGCCCCUCCCUCGACACCCCCGAGAGCCGAGUCCGGGACAUCUGGGAAGCGCUGGGUGUCGGCCGCAGCGGCCACCUCACCGAGCAGGAGCUGGCCGUGGUCUGCCAGAGCGUCGGCCUCCAGGGACUGGGGAAGGAGGAACUUGAGGACCUGUUCAGCAAGCUGGACCGAGACGGGGAUGGCAGAGUGAGCCUGGAGGAGUUCCAGCUUGGCCUGUGUGAGCACCGUCCCCCUGCACUUCCGGAAUCUUCUUCUCCUGUCAAUCUGAGUGGCUCCUGGUCUCGUUACCAGGUCCCAGAGGAGGGCGGCGGCCAGACCACAACGUCGUCCCUGGUGUCCGUGUGCUCCAGCCCGCGCCUGUUCUGCAGCGUGGAUGACGGCUCGGGCUUUGCCUCCCCGGAGCAGAUUGUCGCCCUGUGGGCCCAGGAGGGGGUUCACAACGGCAGGGAGGUCUUACAGAGCCUCGACUUCAGUGUGGACGAGAAGGUGAACCUUUUGGAGCUGACGUGGGCCCUGGAGAACGAGCUCAUGAUGGUGGAUGGAGCCGCUCAGCAGGCGGCCUUGGCCUGUUACCGCCAGGAGCUGAGCUUCUGCCAGGGCCAGGUGGAGCAGAUGGCCAGGGAGCGAGACAAGGCCAGGCAGGACCUGGAGAGAGCGGAGAAAAGGAACCUGGACUUUGUGAAGGAGAUGGACGACUACCACGCCGCCCUGGAGCAGCUCGCGGAGCAGAAGAUCAAACACCUGGAGCAGGGGUGCAGGGGGAGGCUGAGCCUGCUGCGGUCCGAGCUGGAGGUGGAGCGCGAGCUCUUCUGGGAGCAGGCCCACCGGCAGGGGGCUGCGCUGGAGGAGGACCUGCGGAGGCUGCGGGCCGAGGAAGCUGGCCUCCGCGAGAAGCUGACCCUGGCCCUGAAGGAAAACAGUCGGUUGCAGAAGGAGAUUGUUGAAGUCGUAGGGAAGCUCUCAGAGUCAGAGAAGCUGGUCCUGAAGCUGCAGAACGAUCUGGAGUUUGUGUUGAAGGACAAGCUGGAGCCACAGAGCACGGAGCUCCUGGCCCAGGAGGAGCGGUUCUCAGAGGUCCUGAAGGAGCACGAACUCAAGUGCCGGGAUCUGCAGGACCAGAACGACGAGCUGCAGGCCGCACUGGAAGGCCUGCGGGCGCAGCUGCCCCUGAGCCGGCCCAGCCAGCCCCACGCACAGCCAGACGGCCAGCUGUCCCCUGGACACAGCCCAGCAGGCCUCAUUGCAUUUGUGGGCCAGUCCGCUCCAGUGAGUCUAGCAACGGAGAUAAUGUUGGAGCAGGUGAAGGAACGCUACCUGGACCUCGAGGUCCAGCUGGAGGCCAAGGUGAGCUCCUACGAAAGGGAAGUGGAGGUGAUGAGAAGGGGCUUUGCGGAGCAGAGACAGGAACUGGAGCAGGCCUUCCAGCUGGAGCGCAGCAUGCUGCAGGGCCAGAAGGCCGAGCUGGCCAGCCUGCAUGCGGACUCGCAGGCGGUCAUCCGUGGCCUGCGGGCCGGGCUGCAGAGGAGGGCAGAGCUGGAGCAGCGGCUGACGCAGGACAGGGACCAGCUGCAGGACGCGCUGCGGCGGCUCAGAAUCGAGUUGAAUAAGCUUUCUGAAGAAAACGCGCUUUUGAAGGAGGAGCGGGGAAGGGUCCAGCAAGAGCUGGAAGCCGCAGAAAGGGCAGAAGGGGCACAGAGGAAGGAAAUCGAGGUUUUACGGAGAGACAAGGAGAAGGCCUGCUCCGAGGCGGAGGAGCUCAGCACACAGAGUCAGAGAUGCAAGGAUGAACUGUCCCAGCUCAACCUGAGGGUCCUGCAGCUGGGAGAGGAGGCCUCUACCCACCAGGCCCAAAACAAGAAGAAUCACGUCACCAUUCAGCUGUUGACGCAGAGACUGGAAGAGGCAGCGCGCCAGGAGGGGCUGCAGGGUGACCAAAUCCAAAAACUUGGUCUUCAACUUGAACACGUGACUCGGGAAUGCCAGCGCCUGAGACAGGUGCAGUCACAGCUGAGAGAGGCCCUUGAAGAAAGCCGGGAUCAGCUGCACGGAGCCAUGCUGAGGCUGCGCCGGGCCCGGGAGCACUCACAGCAGCUGGUGCCUCGGGGCCACGUGGUGGAGCUGCAGCAGCUGCUGGACAGGGAGCAGCAGGCAGCUCUGCGGCCCCACGCCGAGGGGAGGCGACUGGAGACGCAGCAGGAAGCUCACGAGAACCAGCUGAGAGCCACAGAAGAGCGGGGGGCCCAGGUGGAGGUGAUUCUGAGGAACGUGGAGCUGCUCCUGCAGGAGAAAGUGAGUGAGCUGAAGGUGCAGUUUGAAAAGAACACGAAGUCUGACCUGCUGCUCAAGGACCUUUACGUGGAAAAUGCUCACCUGAUGAAAGCACUUCAGGUCACUGAAGAGAAGCAACGGGGUGCCGAAAGAAAAACCCGGUUCCUGGAGGAAAAAGUUAGAGCGCUCAACAAACUCAUCAGUAAGGUGGCGUCAGCGUCCCUCUCUGUGUAAGGACGGCUUUUGCUCCUGGAAGUCAUUUCGGAGGAACAUCCUUUAAAAGUAAGCCCCUUGAUGGCUUGCUGGCCGUGCACUCCUGGACGGGUGAGGACUGUGGUUCCUCGUUUGCCACAGACAUUCAACGAAGGUCUGCUGGGCCAGAUGCGGGGAAAACACGCUGGAAGAGACCACGUGCUUUUAGGGGUCACGGGUAAUUUCCAUUUCCAGCUCCGUCAGGUAGAAGUGCUGAUGCUGCUGUUCCCAGUGAGGCCGACUGUGGGCUCCCAGCAAGGCGGACGGUGCAGUGAAGCCACGUCAGUGCUACACUGCUGACCCCGGCUAAAGAGACUGAGGGCAGCGGCAGCGCCCUGUGCAGUCUGAGCGUCACUGCUCAGCUUCAGCCAUCAGCAUCCUUGAGGGCGGCUCCAUGGAGGCUCCAGAAGGGCAGUGGGGGUGGAGGAGGGGAAGGCCUUUCCUCAGGGCCUGCUCCCCGGGGGAGGUGUGGACAGUGCGGAGUUUAGGGCUGAGGACUCAGGGAGGGUGGUGUCUGUUGUGGAUGCAAUCUUAUCCUCAGUGACAGGUCGUCACACUGGAAAGUGUAUUAUAUGUUUAAAAAAAAGGUAUAGUUUUAUAUGCAAAAAUAUACAUAAAUUAUGGUCAUUUGGUUUAUCAUAAGAAGCUACUGUAAUAUGA